AUGAUGGAGAGAGAAUCUUCGAACGAAGAUGAAGAUGAAGAGAACCUAAUCGACCAAAAUGAAAGACCAGAUGUAUUCUUUGCUGAUGUUGAGAAAGAGUGGGUGAUGCAGCCAGGUGGUCCUAUUGCACACAAAUCUAAGAGUCUGAUUGAACCAAGUCGUCUUAUCAUGCUCACUGCCCAGCGAUUCAUCCAAACAUUCAUGGGAGGGAACUUUAUAGCACUUCAUUUUCGGCGUCAUGGGUUCUUGAAGUUUUGCAAUGCCAAAAGUCUAAGUUGCUUUUAUCCCAUUCCUCAAGCUGCUGCUUGCAUUAAUCAAGCAGUUGAAAGGGCCAAUACUCCAGUAAUUUAUCUUUCUACAGACGCUGCAGAAAGUGAAACUGAUUUAUCGCAGUCCCUUGUUGUGCUAAAUGGGAAGAUUGUACCACUUGUGAAGAGGCCAGCUCGAAAUUCAGUUGCAAAAUGGAAUGCUCUGUUAUAUAGACACAGCCUUGAUGGAGAUCCUCAGUCCCUUGUUGUGCUAAAUGGGAAGAUUGUACCACUUGUGAAGAGGCCAGCUCGAAAUUCAGUUGCAAAAUGGAAUGCUCUAUUAUAUAGACACAGCCUUGAUGGAGAUCCUCAGGAAGUUGUAGUUCUUACCAUUGGAGCUAAGAAUAAUGAAGCAUCUGCAACCCGAGAAGUAACAAUAACAUUGGGUUUGUACCUUUCCAUACAUUCAACAACUGGAGUAGCUCCCAUAUAA